AUGUCGAUAUCGACCUUCACUCUGCCCUGGUCCGACCUGCGCAUUAACAGCACGCCAGAUCUAGCCCAGGAUGAAUUGCUAGCCUUCCCCGCAUUCAAAACGUGGCUUUCGACUUUGCAGAGUUCGCUUGCUCGCCAGUCGAAUCCAUCACAUGAGUUUCAUGGCGAUCCAUACGUCCUGCGACAAAUUGACGUCCAGGCCGUGGACCGCUUUGGCGGUGGACGCCUAGGCUUUGUCAAAUUAAAGGCCGACGUCUCGAAUGGACAAGGGGAAAAGUUACCAGGGAGCGUAUUCCUUCGCGGGGGGAGUGUAGGCAUGCUUCUUAUUUUACAACCAGAUGACAUUCCCUCGUCGCAGGAAGAAGGGACACGCGCUAUUCUAACCAUCCAGCCUCGUAUCCCUGCUGGGUCUCUAGCAUUUGCCGAAAUCCCAGCUGGCAUGCUUGAUGAUAGUGGGACCUUUGCUGGCGGGGCAGCCAAGGAGAUUGAAGAAGAGACCGGUCUGCAACCGAAGCUUUGGGGAAAUGGUGAAACCCUUCAGAAAGCGAUGUAUCCUUCUGCUGGGGGCAGCGAUGAAUUCAUUCCAUUGUUUUUAUGUCAGAAGCGCAUGCCUCGAAAGGAUAUCGAGGAGCUGCAGGGCAAAUUGACUGGGCUGCGAGAUCAUGGAGAGAAGAUUACGUUGAAAGUUGUUCCGCUGGAGGAUCUGUGGAAGGAAGGAUUGAGAGAUGGGAAGACGUUAGCUGCGUGGGCGCUCUACAAAGGGUUGAAGGAAGCUGGAAAGAUUUAA